AUGUCUACAGAUACUACCACAACAGAAAAGAACACCUUCUUCAAAGACGUCCACUUCCUCGGCGACAAAGAAGGCAAAGUCGCCAUCCGCUCUCCCCCAAUCUUCACCGAUAAAGAAGAAGAACGCGAAUACCAGAAACAGCAUUUAGCAGCUGCGUUUCGCGUCUUUGCGAAACAGGGCUUUGACGAGGGUGUUGCGGGGCAUAUUUCGUUGCGUGAUAGUGUAAACCCACACCACUUCUGGAUAAACCCCCUAAGCACGCACUUUUCGCAAAUCCGCGUCUCUGACCUCGUCCUCGUCAACGAAUUCGGCCACGUCCUUCCUGGCGGUGCUCAAAGCCCCAUAAACGGGCCCGCGUUUGCCAUACACAGCGAAAUCCACAAAGCGCGGCCGGACCUUAACGCAGCAUGUCACGCGCACUCUGCCUACGGAAAGGCAUUCUCUUGUUUUGGGAGGCCCAUCGAAAUGAUCUAUCAAGAUGCGCUGCGGUUUUAUAACGAUCUCGCUGUGUAUCCGCGGUAUGGGGGGACUGUUAUUUCGACGGAGGAGGGAGCCAGGAUUGCGGCUGCGUUGUGCGAGUGUAGGAGUGUGAUAUUGCAGAAUCAUGGGAUGAUAACAUGUGGGCGGACGGUUGAUGAGGCUGCGUUUUUGUUUAUUGCGCUGGAUAGAUGUUGUCAUGCGCAGAUGAUGGCGAAUGCGGCGGCGGGCCCGGGGUGGGAGAAGAUUGUUAUACCGCAUGAAGAGGCAGAGAUGACGCAUCGCAAGAGUGGGAAUUCGAGUAAGAUGUGGCUUGCUUUUCAGCCGUAUUUUGAUCAGGUUGUUAAGGAGGGUCCGUCUGUCUUGGAUUGA